AAUUUUGUAUUCCCCUCCUUUCUUUCCUGAAAUUUUAUUGGCUACUAUUAUUAUUUUAAUUUUUGUUUAAUGCACGUUAUCAGAAGCUCGAGAUAUAGGGCGAUAAUAGAGCAUAUGUGUUUGUUGUCUUUUCCAUGUGAUCACAUUGUGGGUCGUUGUGAUUACACAGAAAUCGACUUCUAACAAUCUCACCAUGCCCAAGACGGAAAAUAACCCGCCUAAAAUUACCGCAGAACAUUUGUCUGAAGAGGUAUUGGCUACUGCUGAGUUUGUCUCUUUGGAAAAAUAUUCUUAUAAAGAUCACAAUGGAGUUGAAAGGACUUGGGAAGUUGCAACUAGGACAACAAAGCCAGAACCAGGAAAUCCUGACUGUGUUGGUUCAUUGGCAGUUCUGAGGCGUCUACUGAAAUAUGAUUGUCUAAUUUUAGUCAAGCAGUAUAGACCUGCAUUGAAGAAGUAUACUUUAGAAUUGCCUGCAGGUGUGGUUGAACCAAAUGAAAAGCCAGAUGAAACUGCUAUUAGAGAACUGAAAGAAGAGACUGGCUAUAUAUGUUCUGGAGUAAAACAUAUAAGUCCUUUGACGGCUCUUGAUGCAGGUUUAUCCAACUCAACAAUGAAGGUUGUAACACUUGAGGUUAAUGGAGAUAUAGUUGAGAAUCAUCAUCCCAAGCAAUGUGAUCAUGAUUGUAAUAUCAUAGAAGUGCUUCACAUUCCAGUUGAUGAGCUUCUGACAAGAUUAAACGAAUAUAGUGAACAGGGCAUUAUUAUUGAUUCACGAGUUUACUGUUUUGCUAUUGGUUUAACCAUUGGAGCUAAGAACUUCUGCUAUAAACCUACUGCCAAUCCUUACUGAAAAUGAUAUUCAUAUAUUUUAUUGUGAUAUUGUUCAUUGUUUCAAACUUCAUCUUUUCGUGGUCAUAAAUAGUUUGCCAUGCCACACCUGAAAGCUGCUCUAUAUCUGAACGAUUUUUUAGAAAUCUGUGUGUUGUAAAUGAAGUCUGUAAUUCUCGUUUUACUUGAAAGAUUUUGUAAGCUAAUCAAAAUUUGUUAAUUUUCAUUAUUUGCACUUUUUAAACUUUUUUUUAACCUUCAAAUAAUUGGCAUGUGUUUGACUUAAUUUAUGUCCAUUUUUGCAUUCGUUUGUGUACAGAUAUUCAUUGUUAUUCAACUGCGAAUUCAUCGCUUCAUAUAUGUAAACUGAGUGUUUUCUAUGUGCUUAGCGCUUUAGGAAAUACCUAAUAUGUAUAAUUGAUUUUUUUUAACUCUCUCGAACUGUCUGCAUUUUGUAAGUGUAUAUUUUACUAAUCCUGUAUGUUGUGUAAAUUCUGAAUAAAUGUUUAUACUUUA